AUGGCGGCCCUUGCGCGCCUGCUGGAACGUCUCCUCUGGCCAGCUCGCAAGGUAAAGGAGGUGGAGGAGGAAGAGGAGGGGCGCAGCUCUCCCGACGGGCCUCAGUCUCUCCUGGACGCGCCGCGAUGCGCCCAGCGGCCGCACGGGGGUGCGGCGGCGUCGUGGGGCCUGCGCUUCGGGGCGAGCGCAGUGCAGGGCUGGCGCGCACACAUGGAGGACGCGCACUGCGCUUGGCUUGCGCUCCCUGGGCUGCCCCCGGGCUGGGCUUUCUUCGCGGUCCUCGACGGCCACGGCGGGGCGCGAGCCGCCCUCUUCGGCGCGCGCCACCUGCCGGGCCACGUGCUCGAGGCGCUGGGCCCAGCGCCCUGCGAGCCGGAGGGCGUGUGCGAGGCACUGCGCCGCGCCUUUCUGAGCGCAGACGCACGCCUGCGUGCGCUCUGGCCCCGCGGCGAGCCGGGCGGCUCAACUGCCGUGGUAUUGUUGGUUUCCCCGCGCUUUCUGUACCUGGCGCACUGUGGUGACUCCCGCGCGAUGCUGAGUCGCGCCGGCGCCGUGGCCUUCAGCACCGAGGACCAUCGGCCCCUCCGUCCCAGGGAACGCGAGCGCAUUCAUGACGCGGGCGGCACCAUCCGCCGCCGGCGCCUCGAGGGCUCGCUGGCAGUGUCCCGAGCACUGGGAGACUUUGCCUACAAAGAGGCACCGGGAAGACCCCCUGAACUGCAGCUCGUUUCUUCGGAGCCUGAGGUGACCGCCCUGGCACGCCGGGCCGAGGAUGAAUUCAUGCUCCUGGCCUCUGAUGGCGUGUGGGACGCGAUGUCUGGCUCUGCCCUGGCGGGACUGGUGGCAUCGCGCCUCUUCUUGGGCUUGGCCCCAGAGCUUCUCUGCGCGCAGCUGUUGGACACGUGUCUAUGCAAGGGCAGCCUGGACAACAUGACCUGCAUUCUGGUCUGCUUCCCGGGGGCCCCCAGGCCUUGUGAGGAGGCCAUCAAGAAGGAGCUAGUGCUGGACGCAGCCCUGGGACGCAGGGUUGCAGAGCUAUGUGCCGCUGCCCAGGAGCCCCCCAGCUUGAACACAGUUUUCAGAACUCUGGCCUCUGAGGACAUCCCAGAUUUACCUCCUGGGGGAGGGCUCUACUGCAAGGCCACAGUCAUCGCUGAAGCUUAUUCUCAGUUCUGCCAGGCCUCAGGAGUGCGCUGGGUGAAGGGGCAGAACGGGGCUGAGAAGCCUCCUGGCACCCAUUCAAGCUCUGCCUUGGACUUGGAGGCCUGACAGCUGUCAUUCUUUGGGGACCCUCAGCCCAGCUGGGGCCUCAAUGGAAUUAAGGAAGAAAAAACUCCCCUUCCCCAGCUAUGCAGACUAGUGGAAGGAAGAGAAGCCAAUGGAAGAACCCCAGAAUGUUUAUUUCCCUUUCUCCUACUUCCCUCUCAUAAGACAGAAAGUCUUAUGAGAGAGGGGAAAUUCCACCCACCAGCUAGACCAAAAAAAAAAAAAAAAAACCCAAAACCCCAAAACCAAAUGUUUUUGAAAUACUUAGAACUGAAUGGACCCUGAAAAUCACCCAGUUCAAUAACCUUCUCUUCCCUUCCUGUUUUUCAUCUGUUUGGUGUGGAGGUAGGGGAAAGUUUUAAUGAUUAAAUUUUAAUUACAUAAUUCAAAAUACAUUUUUCUUGUGGAAAAAAAC